GGCGUGGCGGGCGCUCGGUCCUCCUUCCCGCUAGAGUGCGGGCGCCCGCGGGCGGCUGGCGGUUGUUGCCGCUUGGGACCCCGGCCCAGGCUCCCCGGGGCCGCUCGGGACGUGCGACGCUGCGGUUCCAAGUCAGGUUCCUGAAGGCUUCAAGGAAAACCCAGUUUAGGGAAGGCCCAAUGGCUCUGGGUGAAGAAGGUGCUGAGGCAGACGCAUCUGUCAGCACAAUGGUCCGGUCCUGUGGCAGGUGGAACUCUGUGGAGCAGGAGCUGCUGCCCCCAGGGCCUGAGCCACAGCAGCCCCUGCAUCUGGGAGUUGGGAGAGGGCCACAGUGCGGGGCUGAGGCUGACCCUGGCUGCACCUCCGCGGUUUUUGUGUCACAGGCCCACUCUGCCAGCGGGGAACCGGUAGCAGAUGGGUCUAAGCCCACCCUCAGUGGCCCACUUCCUCCUGUCAGCAUGGGGAACCAUAUGGAGGAAAGCAAGCUUCCUGCCUCCCAGGACCUAUUUCAGAGGGUUAAAGUCCUCGGAACGGUAACUGUUUGCUCAGGACAUGAUGCUGCCAGUGAAGACAACCAGUCCCCAGUUGAUUCUCCUCAGGUGCUAGGCCUCAGCCAGCAGCCUCCCAUCUCAGGGCUCCCUCUCCUGUCUCAGUGGAAGUUCACGGUGAGCCCAGGGGCUCCUCAGCUCUCUAGCAGAAGCUUCUCUGCCUCCUUCAUGGACAGCAGUCUCCAGGACCACCAAGAGAAGGCAGAGCCUCAGAGUAGCUCCUUUGCCAAGGUCUCCUCUCAGGAGAAGAUUGUACCCCAGGGAGCCCCCUCAGUGGUGGGGACAGGGCCUCAGCCCCUGUGGUCACCACAGCCUGUGGCCCCUGGUGGUGAUGCUACUAGCCUGGGUAAGAGACAACUCUCCUUUCAGGCAGAGUACUGGGCCUGUGUGCUGCCAAAUUCUCUGCCUCCCUCUCCUGACCGCCACUCCCCACUCUGGAACCCAAAUAAAGAAUAUGAAGAUCUGCUUGACUACACUUACCCACUGAGGCCUGGGCCUCCGCUCCCAAAGCAAUUUGAGAGUCAUGUGCUGACUGACCCUGUCAUGCAGGACUCAGGUGUAGAUCUGGACAGUUUCUCUGUCUCCCCAGCAAGUACUCUGAAGUCACCCACUAACGUCUCCCACAAUUGCUUAUCAGCAGAAGUACCUACCCUGCCAUCUUCUGGAGCCAGGGAGCCAUACCUUAAGCAUUGGCCCUUGGGAGUAUCCCAGAAACAGGAUGGCAUAAGCCUGCCAUCUUGGAGCCAGCUUGCAUCAACCCCUAGAGCCCCAGGCACUGAGGAUGCUUCUUGUGAGAACAGAGAGGCAGCCCUGAGGGACACAAAGGACUAUCUGCCUAUGGGCAAAAACCUCAGUGCGGGCUCCCCACAGCUGAGGAUGAAGGAGAGGGCACCGCCCUUUCCCAGACUGGAGAGGGAGAAGAGAGCUUGCCGGAAUGUUGGGCAUCCUGCCUGUGUGAAGCCUGGGUGGACAUCGGAAGAGGAGCUGGAAAGCGAUGAUGAGUACCUUGCCCUGCCCACGAGGCUGACUCCGGUUUCUAGUCUGAUGUCCUACUUAGGUGUCUUACCCACCUUUGUGAACCUACCCGCUGGGGCUGCUGAGGAACACAGUUCACUGAUCGUCUCAGACAGUGAUGGGCCAGCUUCCCCCACGCUGGACUCCAGCCAAAGGCAGCAUCCUUCUGGUGCUGCCUCCCAAGGGCCUGUGGUCCAGAACCCCUGCUUCAUCGACUCUAUCCAUCCCAAGAACUCCACAGACAAGAGUAGUAAGGUGAGCAGUCAGGCCCUCAGGGUCUCUUCUGAACUGCUGAAAACUCACCCCUCCUUGCAAGCCGCAUCAGACAGGUGGCCAUUCUCAGAGCCAGUUGCUGGAGAGAAGCGACCCAGGAACAGAGGGCAGGAGAAAGCGUCGCUGAUGCAAUGUGUGCAGACAUUUUGCUGCCAGCUGGAGGAGCUGAUCUGCUGGCUGUACUCUGUCACAGACGUUGCUGAUCUCGGUGCUCCCCCCGGGUCCUCUCUCACAGGUCUCAAGUCUUCUCUGCAGCUUUACCGGCAAUUUAAGAAAGACAUAGACAAACACCAGUCCCUGACAGAAAGCGUCUUGGAGAAGGGGGAGACUCUUCUUCAGUGCCUGAUGGAGAACACCCCAGUUUUAAAGGAUGUCCUUGGGAAGAUCGCAAAGCAGUCUGGUGAGCUGGAGGGCCACGCAGAUCACCUUUACGACUCUAUCUUAGCCUCUCUGGACAUGCUGGCUGGCUGCACCCUCAUCCCUGACAGUAGGCCAGCAGCAGCUACUAAAGAACGCCCACGUGAAGGACUUUAACUGAGUGUCAUCCUAGCAGAGAUGGAGUCCUCGUCAUCUGAGUUGACUCAGAAAGAGCCAUUUGACAGUUAAGGCUGGGAGCCUGCCCCCUGCUGCUUUGAGGAGCCUGAGCCAUCUCUGAAGGGCUCUUGGCUUGCUUUUCUCAUCAGCGAGUCCCUCCAGACAGGCUUUUCCUUUUGGUGCUUCUCUAACAACAAUAUGUGGCUUUACAAUUUUGAUAAAAUACUAGGAUUUCUAAGAUACUGGGAUUAUAGAAUACCAGGGUCUCAUGUUCCCCUUCUGUUUAAAAACCAGCAGAUAAAACAUUGAGGCCAUUUACAGGAAGCUGUUCAAGAUGGUUCCAAGUACUUGGGAUUUUCAGGUGCACAGGGGCUCUAGAAUGAAGGGGUUAGUGGCCAAAACUGUGGAUCUUUUCACGAGGUUGAGACUUGAGUUUUGUAAGCUCUGAAGAUUCUCAGAUAGCAGACCUGUUAGCCCUUAGUCUGCCACAGGAGAACAAGGCAGUAGACAACAUGGCUGAGGUGCCAUCUUUAGUGGUCGGUCUCCACCUUCUUCCUUACCUUUUAUGAUCAGGGAGCUGGAGGCCUGUGUCGUGCUUCUGAAAGGGGACGGAGCCAAGACUCAAGUGUUUGCUUACCUCUGGGCACUCUUUCCCCUGGAAGACUAGUCAAAGGAAGGGGUGGGCACAGCCACACAGUCUGGUCCUUACAGAAACUAAAGCAGUCUGUGCGGAUGAAAAAAGGGACAUUCUUUUUUCAUGGGAGUCGGGAAGAAAAGAGAAAAAUACAUGGGUCAGUUGUUCAGAGUAUCAGUUACAGCUUUUGAAGCAAAGUGAUUGUAUCAGAGAUGGGGAUUUCAGCUUAAACAACAACACGCUUUACAAGAUUAGUUGCUUAGACAAACAUGGUGGUACACUUUAAUCCUAGCACCUGAGAGGAUUUUUUUUUGAGUUUGAGGCCAACCUGGUCUGUAUUAAGAGUUCCAGGCUAGCCAGGGAUAUAGAAUGAGAAAAAAAUUAGCUCCUUGGUAAGCUAUACAUAAAGUAAAGUAUUUUCACAUGCCUGCUGCUACACAAUAUGGCAUACCAUAAUGUUUAUUGGUGUGAUCCGUAUUAAACCUUUGAGUCUUCCAUCUCUAAGUCAAGCUUGUUUCUUACACUGUACAUGGUAAACAAUGUGCUUUCACUUUUGUCUCUUGCUGUGCUUUAAAUUGCCCUCCCAUCAAUGUUAGAUCAACCCUCAAAAAUUAAGCCCAUUUGACAGGCAUGAAAAUCAUAAAAGCAUAGAAACUGAAGAUGGCAGAACCUUAGAGAAAAGAGCUAUCCAGCGGCACCAACUGAAUGGUCUCUUAAUAUGUAAUUACAACCAGCUUCAACUGACAGUGUCUAUUUUGGAAUAUACUGUUUCCCAACAAAGUACUACUCGCGGAAGACGUCCAUGCUUUUGCUUUUGUUCAUCCUCUUUGUAACAAAAAGAAACAUUUUUGUAACUAAAGAGUAUAAACUGUCACCUUGGCUGUGAAUGCCACUUAGAAAUGGCAACACAAAUGUUAAUUAUAUCUUCUGCUGUGUGUUAAGAACUUUGAGCUGAAAUGUCUUCAGCCUGGUAUGAUGCCACUUUUCCCUGUGCAGAUGUGACCAGGGUAGAUUCACACGGACAUGUUAAAAUGUAUACAUGGUUCCUUAAAGUUCAUUUGAGUUCACAAUAAAGUAACAUCUCAGCCAUGUCAUGUGGGUCUACAGGUAAGCUCUAGCCUAAAACAAAGAGACUUCAAAGAUAGGGCUGUUCUGAAACUUAAAUGGAACCCAGAAGAGGAGUGGUGGUGUAAGAUAUGCUGAUAGCCAAAAAUGUGCUUGAGGGAACAUCUACCCAUGUAAGCACAGGAAGUUAGCAUGAGCCCAGGGCACUGGUCAGUAAGGAUUCCCAAUGAUGACCACUGAGCAGAAUGUUCUUCAUAUGAUUCAGGUUACUGUGUACUUUUUAUUUUUAAUGUGGUUAUUUCUUUAUUAUGUGAAAAAUUAGAGCCCCCAAUAGUCUUGAAAUGUUUAUACUUGAAAAAUGGGUUAUGUUUUUCCCCCAAAACUGCAUUUAUUGGCACACAGAUAAAAGCAAAUAGUGAAUUGAAGUAUGCUGAAAUGGUGUUGUAUGCCCUCUAAUCUUGCAGCCAGUAGAGAAAGAACACUAGAAUUGUACAAAGUCUGUAAAUGUUUAUAUUAUAAAUAAAUGUUUUCUGCUAACAAAGAA